AGUGCACCUGCCUCCCUUGGGUGGGGCCUUCCCCUGGCAACCUGAGGGGAGGGCGGUGCCGCCAGAGUGGAGCCGAGGCUGGGAGGCUGCUGGGGGCCUGGAGCUGGCAGGGAGCUGGGAGCGUCUCCACCCCAGAACUUGUGGUGGCUGAAACCCCAGAACAUGGACCGAGUGACCAGAUACCCCAUCUUCAGCAUCCCCCACUCCCCGGGCAUGGCCGGCCUGGCUCUCAAUGGGGACACCAGUUACACAUACCAGCUGGUGAAUGUGGAGCCCUCGGACAGCAACUGGGGCCAGGACCAGACUGUAGUGUGGGUGGGUGACCGCCAGGCCCCGCCGGACGUGCUGAGGACAGGGGCGACUCGCGGCCUGCGCACCUUCCUCAGCCAGCCUUCCCUGCAUUUGGAGGAUGAUGAGGAUGAGGUGAUGCAGGCCUACCACCUGGACCCCAGGGACACCCUGCUCAGGCGGCCACCUGACCUGGAGCGAGAGCGCUGGGCAGUCAUCCAGGGCCAAGCGCCCGGACGGCCUCAGCUCAUCCCCCUGGAGGAAAACGUGGUCGACAGGGAGCAGAUCAACUUCCUGGCAGCGAGACAGCAGUUCCUGAGCCUGGAGCAGGCAAAUGCCAGGGUCCCUCCGACCCCGCCAGCCCGGGCGGCCCUGGAGUGUGCCCCACCCCGGAUCAGCCAGGCCCCCCAGGCCCCGAACACGCCGCCCCUUGCCAAUGGCUAUGCCGUCUUGGUCAAGCCCCGGGUGACGGAGGUGGUCAUGGAAGAGAAGAGGGUCCGCGGUCUGCCCACAGGGCCUGGUGUCCAGGCUAUGGGAGACCCUGGUGCCUGGUCCCCAGCGGAGUCACCGGAGGCCCCCAAGGAGACACCCAUCGAGCGGGAGAUCCGAGUGGCCCAGGAGCGCGAGGCAGCUCUGCGCGAGCAGAGGGGGCUGCGGGGGGCAGCGGGCCCCCAGGAGUUGGUGGAGAUACCCACGCGGCCCCUGCUAACCAAGCUGAGCCUGCAGGCGGCCCCUCGCUCCGGGGGCCCCCAGCCGGGACUCAGGAGAGCACUGAGCUCAGACUCCAUCCUUGGCCUGGCCCCCGACACCAGGGCGGCCGCCCCCGCUCCAGAGCUGAGGAAGGUGAACCGCAUCCACCCUGACGCCUACCAGCCGUACCUGAGCCCGGGGACCCCCCAGCCAAGGUUCCCAGCUUUCCACGCACGGGGCCAGCCUGGCGGUCUCGCUGCAGACGAGGCCAAGGCGGUGGCAAAGGCCGCGGGGUCUCCGAGGCAUCUCUCGGAAUCCUCUAGAAAACCCUCAGGCACAAAGCAGGAGUCCUGGAAGCCCUCAGGGGCACCCCCACCAGCCAACAGGGGUGUCGUGCGAUGGGGGUACUUCCGCCUGCGUCCCCUGCGGUUCAGGGUCCCAGACGUGCCCCAGAAGGCCGAGACGCCCCGAUCCUGGGGCUGGGAAGUGGCUGGGGCCCCCCCUCUGCGGCUCCAAAGGUCCCAGUCCUCUGAGCUGCUGGAGCGGGAGGUGGAGAGCGUCCUGAGGCGGGAGCAAGAGGUGGCGGAGGAGCGACGCAAUGCCCUCUUCCCGGAGGUCUUCUCCCCGCCGCUGGACUGUGACCCCGACUCCAGGAGCUCCUCCCGGGCUUCGGGUGAGGAAGGGCCGGGCGGGACGGCUGCUUGGUCUGGUCCCGGAGACUGGAGCAGAGAAGGGUGGGGAGGGGGAGUUGGGGGGAUCGAGAGGGACUGAGCGUGGAGGGACGUCUGGAGGACUUUGUCCACUCCCCCAGUUGGCUGGUCUCUCUGCCUGUAUGUUCCCGGAAACGGUAGAUUUUGGAGAGAGAUGUCCACUUGGCACUGUGGCGUUUGCUUUAUGGAUUUGAAGGUUUUGUUAUUAGGCGCAUAAAAGGUUUACAGACGCUGCAUCCUCUUGGUCAAUUGUUCCUCUUUGUUAUGAAAGAUCUCCUGUGUCACUUUUAAUGUUUUCACCUGGCGUGAGAUCUCACCCAUCCAUCUGCCCAGUUCUUCCUG